GCGAGUUUUUGGGGUCACAAGACAAGUACACAACAACCAAAUAUUCGUUACCCCGCCGAUCCAAAUUUCAUACACAGAUUAUAGAUAGCCUAUCCAGAAAUAGAAAAAAAACCACCGGCUUCUGCGCUCACUCCGCCUGCCGCCGCCACCACAACAUUUACAGCUUAUUCUUCUAAUGCUAGUAUAUAAGAACCGAUGUCCAAAGCCAAUGAGUUGGUUUUCUAAGAUUUAUAUUGGGGGACACCAAUUUCCUUGUAAAUUUAUACUAAGGGCCUAGAACUGGGCUUAUUGGAAUUCCUGUGGUUCAAAUUAGAGUUGGAGGACUGCAGACUUUACCCUAUAUCAGAUUAAAAGUUAGAGGACAUAAGAUUAUGGAAAAGCUGAAGAAUGAAAAAGUUGAAGAAACCUCUCAAGUUAAGGGGGUUACAUCCACAUAUGAAUAUGCUAUGGAAAAACUCUCAUCUCUAAUCACUCGGAAAAAGCGGGAUGGUAAAUCAACAAUAAGUGAAAUAGAGAAACGGGAAAGGAUGUUGAGUUUUAUUGAGAUUUUGGGACUGGAAAAGCAGAUAGCUGGUCUUAAAAUUAUACAUGUUGCUGGAACCAAAGGAAAGGGUUCAACAUGUGCAUUCUGUGAAGCAAUUUUGCGGGAGUGUGGCUUCAGAACUGGCCUUUUUACUUCUCCUCACUUAAUUGAUGUGAGAGAAAGAUUUCGUUUAGAUGGGUUGGACAUAUCUGAGGAAAAGUUUCUGCAGUAUUUUUGGGAGAUUUGGAACCAGCUGAAAGAUAACAUUGUGGAAGGCUUACCUAUGCCUCCUCUAUUCCAGUUCUUAACUCUAUUGGCUUUCAAAAUUUUUACAUCUGAGAAGGUUGAUGUUGCUAUCAUUGAAGUUGGUAUUGGGGGAACAUUUGACUCAACAAAUGUGAUCAAAGAACCUGUUGUUUGUGGCAUUACUUCUCUAGGGAUGGAUCACAUGGAAAUAUUGGGAGAUACACUAGGCAAGAUUGCUUCUCACAAAGCUGGCAUUCUAAAGCUUGGAGUUCCUGCUUUCACAGUGCCUCAACCUUCUGAAGCAAUGGAAGUUCUUUAUGACAGGGCACAGAAAUUGAUGGUUCCAUUGAAAGUAGUCACUCCACUUGACAGUAAGAUGUUAAAAGAUGUAAAGCUAAUCUUGUCCGGUGAUCACCAGCUCACAAAUGCUGCCCUUGCCAUCUCACUUUGUAAAAGCUGGCUUAAAACUACAGGAUCAUGGCAGCUUGAAAAUGCUGACUGGGACGAGACUUUGCCACACAAAUUUCUUAUGGGGCUUUCAAAUGCACAUCUUUCUGGUAGAGCUCAGAUCGUUCAUGAUGACACUAUAAAAAAUUCAUCAGGAGUAAAUGGAAGUUCUGGAGGUUUGACCUUCUACUUGGAUGGAGCUCACAGUCCUGAGAGCAUGGAAGCCUGUGCCAGAUGGUUUUCUGCUGUGGUGGGAGAAAAUAAAAAUUUAUCUCAUUUGUUAUCUUGCUCAAAAAAUCUAACUCCAAAAAAAAUCUGGGUUAAUGGUUGCAUCCAGGACGGUGACAAGCAGGAACCCUACAAAAUGUCAAAGCAGGUUCUUCUAUUUAAUUGCAUGGAUGUAAGAGAUCCACAAAUUCUUCUGUCACGGUUGGUUAGUACCUGUGCUUCAUCAGGUACUCACUUCUCAAAAGCUAUUUUUGUGCCAAGUAUGUCUGCAUAUAACAAGGUUACUUCUGGUACCUCAACUAUUCCUUUAAACAUUCCUCAAAAGGAUUUGUCAUGGCAAUUCAAUCUUCAGAGAGUGUGGGAAAGAAUUUGCUGUGGCAAAGAUGUUCAUGUUCUAGACCAGAACCUGAACACGAAUACAUCAGGAAAUGUACCACCCUGCAAGUUUCUUUACAAGGAUGCUUCCUCUUGCAGUCGGGGAGAUGAGUAUUUUGGCAGCGCUGUGUUUCCUUCAUUACCGUUGACAAUAAAUUGGUUGAGGAAUUGCGCUAAGGAAAACCCUUCCUCUAGGAUUCAGGUUCUUGUCACAGGCUCAUUGCAUCUGGUUGGAGACGUGUUGAGGUUAUUAAAGAGAUGAAUACAAGAAUUCUUUACAGGUCUAACUAUCCUGCAUAUUCUGGAUAUGCAGGUUCUUGUCACAGGCUCAUUGCAUCUGGUUGGAGACGUGUUGAGGUUAUUAAAGAGAUGAAUACAAGAAUUCUUUACACACAAAGGAUAAAAUAACAGUCGAUCUGAAAGGUAAAUAUGCAUUUUUACCGUGAUAAACUUCUCCUCCCCAUUAAUUUUGGGUUUUUACAGUUUAUUCACCCAACCAAAGCUAUUACUCAUAGUACAUUUAUUGUAUUUCUUACUACUGUUGGUUUGUUGACUGCAACCUGUAUUUGUUGCACUAUAUAUGCACAUUUCUAAUUAAUUGAGUUUGUCACUUAAAUGA